AUGAGUGAACCGGUCUCGGAGUACUAUAAAGAGGCAUUGGAAGAAUAUAAAGAACAACAAGCCGAAAAUGAUUUAGAUGAUUGGGAUAAGAGAAUUAACGAUACAGGUUGUUAUGUACAAAAUAUGGCAUUACAAUUAUGUCACGCAGAUACAGGAGAUUGGGGGAAAUGUUUUGGAGAAAUGGAAGCCUUUAGGAAAUGUUGGGAACAGAAUGGUAAUAGAGAACGUGUAAACACUGUCGAUAGAGAAUGA